AGCAAGCAGGACUGCCAGAUGUGAAGGGGAAAUCCCCAAUAAAUUGUUGCAUGUGACUGAUGAUGUGAGCAUGUUCGUUUCAUAAUAAAAAUGUUGCCAGGUAACCAAAAAGUCGUAUGUUUUUGUGCGAAUUACGAUCAUAAUCUUUACGAUCGUACAUUAAAAAAUAGACAAAUAAUAGUAUGAGUACGAUUUAAAUCGUAUAUCUGUCAACCCUGCUAGCAAGACAGCGACAAAAUCACGUUGCAUAACAAUGUAGCCCAAGCUUAUAUCUUAUGAAAUAUACGGAAGAGAUACGGACUUAGAAAAAACAGAAAUGUUGUUCUUUGUGGAAGUCAUUGAUGAAAUUCUAUGUAUUUUAGCCCGCAAACUUUCUUCAAACAAAAACAGCGCCAUCUAGUAUCGAGUUCUGUAAUUAUCUCUUUGUUUAUGGAUUUGAAGUAAGACCGCCACGCAUGCAAUACAUUAUGACUGGGGAUUCCCCUAUUCGUCGACGCUGAAUAUGAGGCGACGACAAUCACUGUCAAACGUGUUCACUAUUACUCUGACUCUGGUAACGUGACUUCCUGGUAACGUGUUAGGUAGGAAAAGCAGUAAAAAAGUGCAUAUUAAGGGAGCAGAUUUGAAAUAAUAUUUAUACUUAACAAGAAAUAAUUAAAGGUUCAAUGGGGAGACCUAAAGAUUUACGCAUAUGGGAGCACUACCGUACUUUACCAAACAAGUCUGUUUCUUGCAAGCUUUGUAAUAAGGUCUACAAAUUCAGUAAUGCUGCCAAAAUGCUUCAACAUCUUAUCACUUGUCCAAAAUCUCCAGAAACAUUAAAAGACUCUAUGAAACUUAUAAAAGAUAGCUCGUCCAAAACCAAAAUGUCUGGACUGUCAGAGAUAGAGACAAAUGAUUCUUUUAUAAGCCCCUCGUCGUCUGCUAACACUACAAUAAAUGCUGAGUUUCAAGACACCGAUGAUCAUAUAAAAACAGAAUUAGCGAGAGCUAUAUUUGUAACAGGGACGCCAUUAUCGAUGGUGCAACAUCCUUUAUGGAUACAAUUUUUCGAAAAAUUGCAACCAAAAUUUAAAAUACCUUCACGUAAAGCUUUAGCGACAAAAUACUUAGAUAAAAUAUAUAGAGAAAUGCGUUUUGAGUUAAAUGAGGAACUAAAUGCUUGUAGUUACUUACACCUUCAGUGCGAUGGCUGGUCUAAUUUAAGAAAUGAAGGAAUAAUAAACUUUCUUAUAUCAAAACCUCAACCUGCAUACGUUAAAAGUUUGAAUACAGAAAGUAAUCCUCACACUAGUGAAUACCUUAGCCAAGAAGUUGAAAAAGUAAUGAAAGUGUAUGGAGCAAAUAAGUUUCUUGUACUUAUUGGCGAUAACGCUAGAAAUAUACAAAAGGCAUUCGAAUUAACAAAACUCAAAUAUCCACAUGUUGUUCCUCUCGGUUGCUGUGCACAUAUCCUUAACUUGUUGUGCCAAGAUAUUGUAAAGAUACAAGAAGUAACUGUGUUUAUUAUGCAAGCCAUAAAUAUAAUAAAAACUGUUAAAAGGAGUCAACGAUUAAGUUCCUUGUUGAUAAAAUCAAGGCAGGGUGAAGAUUCUACACAAACACUAAAAUUGCCUUGUGCUACAAGAUGGGGAAGUCAUGUUACUUCGUUAAAAAGUUUGAAAGCAAAUAAGAUAGCUUUGCAAAUAUUAACAGUUAGAGAAGAUGUGGUAAUUUCAAGAGAUAUUAAAGAUUUAAUUCUAAGUGAUGAUUUCUGGACGAAGACAGGGGAAUGUAUAAGUAUUUUGGAACCAGUCACUGAAAGCAUAUUUUACUUAGAGAGCGACCAGAAUCGUUUGCAUCGCACAUACAUUACAUUUAGAGAUGUACAAGCUAAGAUACGUUUUGCAUUAAAUGAGAUUUCGACAUUGAGCGAAGAAAGCAAACAGCAGAUUCUAACAUCAGUAUCUUCAAGAUGCAAUAUGGCAAUGAGGCCAAUACAUUUUGCAGCAUAUAUUCUAGACCCCAGGACUCUAGGAGUCGAACUUACUCAAGAGGAAGAACUUAAGGGUAUGGAGUUAAUCUACAAUUUAAGCCAACACUUAAGUUUGUCAAAUGUAAUGGCAGAUUUGGCGUGUUAUAAAGCUAAAGAAAACUUUUGGGCCAGAGGAUUUGUAUGGAGCUCAUUAGAUAGCAUUGAGCCCCUAAUAUGGUGGAAAGGUAUUUGUGGUUCCACUGAGUUAAGCAAAGUAGCGAUUCGUAUUCUAUCAGCUCCCUGUACUUCGGCAGCCACUGAGCGUUCCUUUAGUAUCCAAGGCUACAUACAUAAUAACAAAAGAAAUCGACUUACAACUGAAAGAACUGAAAAAAUUUCAUUCAUUUGUUAUAACUGGAAUCUUAAACAUAAAGCUGAAUGCGAGGACAUUCAGUUUAAUGAAGAAAAUACCUUAGAAGCUUUCAUUGAGCAAGUAAAUGAACAUAACAGUUUAGACGAAAUAGAGCCUAUCGAACCUAUACAAUUCAUCGCUUGUAAUAACUCUGAAUCUGACAGUGAUUGACUGUAGUUUUACAUUUUACUUUCAUCUCUUUCUUAAUAAACUCAAAAUCAAAUUAAAAGUUUUUUAUUCUGUAGGCUGCAUAAUAAUAUUGUCUAUGUCCAGUAUAGUGGACGUCUUGCGGCUGAGAUGACGAUGAUGAAGUACAAAAUCAUAAACACCCAAAAAUUUGGGUGUUUAUGGGGUUUAAACCCAAUAAACCCAAAACACCCGGUUUUUACCCACCAGACUUUAAACCCACCCAGGUGGAUUGCCCAUCU